UCCCCUCCCCGGGUGCGCUUUGCCCCGCCGCCGCGCGGCUCCCAGGCUGUAUAUAGGGCGCGCGCUCGCGGGUCUCCGAGUUCCACCAGUCCGCGAGCUGCCGACGGCUCGCGCGGGGGGCAGGCCGGGGCGCCGAGCUGCGCUCUCGCUUCUCCUCUGCCCCCCACUCCGCGCGCCGCGGCCUCCUCCUUCCUCGGCCCCGCAAGCAAACUUUCCGUCCCUCCCUGCCCCUCGUCCGUUAUUCGUCUUGGUUUGAGCUGCGCCGCACCGAGGGCUCCUCCCAACCUCCCCGCUUGCAGUUCCGACCAUUACAGGACCCAGAAAAAUGUCGACCACUCUUCUGUCAGCUUUCUACGAUAUCGACUUCUUGUGCAAGACGGAGAAAUCCCUGGCAAACCUCAAUCUGAACAACAUGCUGGACAAGAAGGCGGUGGGGACGCCCGUGGCUGCUGCCCCCAGCUCGAGCUUCACUCCGGGGUUCCUGCGACGCCACUCCGCCAGCAACCUACACGCGCUCGCCCACCCCGUGCCCAGUCCUGGCAGCUGCUCGCCUAAGUUCCCAGGCGCCCCUAACGGCAGCAGCUGUGGCCCGGUUGGCCCGGCAGGCGCGGGCGGCCCGUCCUCCUACGGCCAGCUCAAGGAGCCUUCAGGGGGCAGCGGCACGGCGCUGGUCAACAAGGAAAGCAAAUUCCGGGAUCGCUCUUUCAGCGAGAACGGUGAGCGCAGCCAGCACCUCCUGCACCUGCAGCAGCAGCAGAAGGGGGGCAGCGGCUCCCAGAUCAACUCCACGCGCUACAAGACCGAGCUGUGCCGGCCCUUCGAGGAGAGCGGCACGUGCAAGUACGGCGAGAAGUGCCAGUUCGCGCACGGCUUCCAUGAGCUGCGCAGCCUCACUCGGCACCCCAAGUACAAGACGGAGCUGUGCCGCACCUUCCACACCAUCGGCUUCUGCCCCUACGGCCCGCGCUGCCAUUUCAUCCACAACGCAGACGAGCGACGGCCCGCGCCAUCGGGGGGCGCCUCCGGGGACCUGCGAGCGUUUGGCGCGCGCGACGCGCUGCACCUGGGCUUUGCCCGGGAGCCGCGGCCAAAGCUGCACCACAGCCUCAGUUUCUCCGGCUUCCCGUCGGGCCACCACCAGCCGCCCGGGGGACUGGAGUCGCCGCUGCUGCUCGACAGCCCCACGUCGCGCACGCCGCCGCCGCCCUCCUGUUCCUCCGCCUCGUCCUGUUCCUCAUCAGCCUCUUCCUGCUCCUCCACCUCAGCGGCCUCCACACCCUCGGGCGCCCCGACGUGCUGCGCCUCAGCGGCGGCUGCGGCGGCGGCCGCGCUGCUCUACGGCCCCGGGGGCGCGGAGGACCUGCUGACUCCCGGAGCGCCGUGCGCCACUUGCUCGACCACCUCGUGCGCCAACAACGCCUUCACCUUCGGCCCGGAGCUGAGCAGCCUCAUCACGCCACUUGCCAUCCAGACCCACAACUUCGCCGCCGCGGCCGCCGCCUACUACCGCAGCCAGCAGCAGGGCCUGGCGGGCCUCGCGCCGGCCCCUGCGCAGCCCCCCGCGGCCCCCGCGCCGCCCUCGCCGCCCUUCGGCUUCCAGCUGCCGCGCCGUCUGUCCGAGUCGCCCGUGUUCGACGCGCCCCCCAGCCCCCCGGACUCGCUGUCGGACCGCGACAGUUACCUGAGCGGCUCGCUGAGCUCGGGCAGCCUCAGCGGCUCCGAGUCCCCCAGCCUGGACCCCGGCCGCCGCCUGCCCAUCUUCAGCCGCCUCUCCAUCUCCGACGACUGAGGCAAGGGGGCGCCCGCGAGGGGUUGGGAGAGGCGUUACAGGGGGCACCGGUUGGGGGGUGACACUGCCGCAGGCCGACUUUAAGGCCCCUCCGAGCACUUGGACUCGAACUCUGCCGGGAGGGGCCCCUGCCCUUCCCUUUCGGUUUUCUCGUUUCGUUCUUUUUUUUUUUUAAUUUUUAUUAUUAAUAUUAUUAUUAUUAUUAUUAUUGCAAAGUUUCGUUCUUUGUUGAAAUAAAAGCCAACGAACUUUUCGAAUGGAUGAACAAAAUAUCCACAACAGGGCGGUUGUGAUGCAGAAAGAACAAAGGAUACCAAACACUUGCUUUAGGUCUCAGAAGAGUUUGAAACUCUAGUUUUAAAAGAAAAAAUAAAAAUCAGCCCAUCACCAGCAGCUACCAACCAUCAUUCCAUCUCUUCUUUCACUGGAAAGCCUUAGCUACAGUCCAGAUGUGAGAACUCUGACCUUGGAAGGGGUUCCAAGACCAGUGUUAGCCCGCCGGCUGCCACCUCCCUAAAGUAUAAGCUUCUAGAAUUCAAACUAAUGCCAAGAACAUGCCUUGGUAGGAGUAGCUCUCCUUCGUGGUGGUUGUUUACCUUGUUUAUGUUUUUUAACAAAGUUCUAUGUGUCUGGGGGUGGGGGAGCCCUUGCAUUCCAAAGUUUGGUAACAGUCUCCUUGCCAGCACUCAGUGGGUGUUUAGCUUAGAACCAUUUCCUCUGCCCUCUGGAAGCCUUGGGCAGAGCUCAGUUCAUAGUUGUUGGGAAAUAAGUGCUUCAUUUUUAGCUGUUUUGAGUUGAUCCGCACCACUGCACCACAACUCAAUAUGAAAAACUAUUUAACUUAUUUAUUAUUCUUGUGAAAAGUAUACAUUUGAGGAUGUUGUUCAUACUGUAUUUAUCGAGUAUGAUGAAAGCAAUAGAUAUAUAUUCUUUUAUUAUGUUAAAUUAUAAUUGCCAUUAUUAAUCGGCAAAACGUGGAGUGUGUUCUUUUCACAGUAAUAUAUGCCUUUUGUAACUUCACUUGGUUAUUUUAUUGUAAAUGAGUAAGAAAAAUCUUAAUUUAAGAGAUUGUAUGUAAUAUUUAUUUCAUUAAUUUCUUUCCUUGUUUACGUAAAUUUCGGAAGAUUGCAUGGUUUCUUUACAGAAAUCUAUCUUGAUGCUGUGGAAGUAGUUUGAGGAACAUUUUGAGUUUUUUUAGAAUGCAUAAUGGUUGUAGCCCAUCCAACUUUAGAGAGGAAAAGAAUGCCCAGAGACUUUGCAGUCAGACUCUCACGUGGCAUGCGUCUCUAGUUCCAGCUUUAUAAACCAGCAAGGAAAGACAGUUUCCUAGUUCCACCAGCUCUACUGUGACAUUGAGUAUAAAGACAUGUAGCAAUAAUGGGGGGGGGGUCUCAGUGCCUUCACAGGGCCCGAACUUGCCUUAAAUCUUCCUCAGCCAAAUAAGUAUUCCAUUAGUGCUUGAGAAUUUGAAUGUGGGAUGGGUUCGCCUGCACAAGAGGAAAAGAAUUUUACCACUUUUUUUUUUUUUUUUACCAUAGCUAUGAUGUGAAGAGGCCAGGUCUUCGCGCUGAAUUGUUGGUGGUACACGAAUAUACCUUGCUUAAUGACAGAACUUGUACUAUUAUUUUUCAUUGUAAAGAGGCAGGAAAGUCUCCCGGCUUUGCCGGGUGACGAAUGAAUGAACAGCCGCUUAGUUUGUGCGUAGGUACAGUUGGAGCACCACGAGUGCACUCUGGACUACUUUGACAGAAGUAGGUUUUUGAAUGUAACGAGAUAAGUCAACUUGAGUUGUAAUAUAUUUUGGGGAAUCAGUUCACUACAAAUUGUGACUGUAAACAUUGUACUGUAAAUGUUUUGUAGUUUUCCCCCAAUAAAAUUUUUUGGAAAAAAAAAA